AUGACUUCAAGUCCCAAAACCUUGACUUUUGAGGAGGUGUCCAAGCACAACCACAAAAAGGAUUGCUGGAUUAUUGUCAAUGGAAAGGUGUAUGAUAUCACUCCAUUUUUGGAUGACCAUCCAGGAGGUGAUGAAGUUUUGCUGACUUCAACAGCGAAGGAUGCCACCAUUGAUUUUGAAGAUGUGGGCCACAGUGAUUCUGCCAUAGAAAUGAUGGAAAAAUACUUUAUUGGGAAGCUUGACACUUCCACUCUUCCGGCCAAAGUUAACCAUAGACAGCCACUACCUACACAGGCUCACGGCAGUGGCAAUCAAUCUUCUGGAUUUGUGGAAAAGAUCUUGCUAUUCUUGUUACCUUUGUUGAUAUUGGGCCUUGCCUUUGCUCUCCAGUCCUAUGGCAAGAAGAGGCAUGCAGCACCUAAUGAAAACUGA